AUGGACGCCGUCACAUUCCCGGCAGUCCAGCUCGUCGAGUCUAACGAUCUAGAAAGGCAGAACCUGAGUUCUGUGACCGAAUUCAACCCCAAAUCGAAUAGCGCCAGCUUCGAGCCGCAAACGCCAAUCCCUACCAACGUUGAAAAAAGCGCUCAUGCUCAUGGCAACGAGCAAAAUGACGCUUCUUUUGACAUCGCCGAUACAGACACAGCGUCUCCCAAUGACGUAUUUCCAGAAGGUGGUCUUCAAGCAUGGCUUGUUCUGACGGGGUCUUUUUGGGGGCUGUUUACUUCUUUCGGUUUUAUGGUAUCCAUUGGUACCGUGCAGGAGUACCUCCAGAUGAAUCAACUUUCCCAUUACACUUCUCGUGAUGUGGGGUGGAUUCCAUCUGUGUUCGUCUAUCUCGCCUUAGCACUAGGUAUCUGGGUAGGGCCAUUGUUUGAUCGCUAUGGUCCUCGAUGGAUAGCUUUAAUCGGCAGCGUUUGCUACAUUGCAAUGCUGUUUCUGCUAGCUGAAUGCAAAAUCUACUGGCAAUUCUUGCUCUGCCUGGGAUUUCUGGGAGGAACUGCGGGAGCAACACUGACGACCACCAGCUUGGCUGUGGUCGGCCAUUGGUUCAAGAGAAGGCGAGGUCUUGCUCACGGGAUUGCGAUGGGAGGAUCAAGCUUUGGAGGAGUGACGAUUCCUUUGCUUCUGAGAAGCGCGCUACCCCAAUAUGGGUAUGCGUGGUCCGUUCGCAUCUUGGGAUUUGUCUUCUUGGGGUGUUUGAUCAUCAGCAACAUCUUGAUGAAACCAAGGUUACCGCCUUCAGCAGAGGCCCGGAAUCAGAAAAUCAUCUCGUUGGGCCUGUUUGGCGACCUGAAGUUUACUUUCCUUACCAUCAGUGUCUUCGGCUUCGAGAUCGUUCUAUUUGGUUCCCUCGGAAUUCUGCCCACCUACGCAAACUAUGGCGGCAAAUACCCUGCAGACACCGGCUUCUACAUCAUAGCGGUGCUCAAUGGUGCGUCUUGCUUUGGCCGCAUCAUUCCAGGGUUCGUCUCGGACAUCAUCGGCCGCUUCAACACACUCCUCAUUAUGAUCGUCGUGACGCUGGCUUUGAUGCUCGUUCUAUGGCUCCCAUUUGGACAUACGAGUCUGACUGCCUUGUACGUUUUCACUGCAUUAUUUGGCUUUGGAACCGGGUCAUGGAUGGCAUUGACCCCUGCUUGCAUUGGCCAAUUGUGCGAAGCAGAACAGUUCGGCCGUUACUACGGUACUUUGUACUUUAUUGGCUCGCUGGCGGCACUUAUCUGUGUUCCAAUCAGUGGCGAAUUAGUGGAAUCGGCUGGUCCUCAGAUCAUGGUGGGAUUUAUGUGCAUCAUUUUGGGAGUGUCCCUGGUAACUUUUGUGCUGAGUCGAUGGGCAUGCCUGGGAUGGAGAUGGGAAUGGCGAGCAAAGGUUUAG